AUCUUCCGUCGCGAUGGCUACCAGCGCAUGCCGUCCGACGACGCGAUAGACCUUGCCGACUUUCACGACUCUGACGGCCCUAGUCCCAGUAGCCCGAUGAUCCCUCAACACACUCAACACAUUCAACAUACGAGGUCUAUUCCUCGUGUGCCCGUCGGCUCCAAGGCCAGCACACCCGCAACCCCUCGUUCGUUCCAAGCCCUCAUGGAGACACCACCCGACUUGAGCGCCGCCUCGCCUCCCCCGCCCGCCUAUUCCGCCUCUUCGUCGCCGCGAAAGUCUCCAGCCUCCCGCUUUAGAGCUUGGCUGUCUGGAUCACGGACCCCGUCGGCGGACACGGACAACACGGCCCGUCCCUCGUACGACGAUGCGCAACAGUCGGGGCUAGUUUCGCCUGGCAUCGUCAUCACCGGUGCCGCGGAUACUACCUGUGAAGACGUCGGUCUGGGAAACACGGACCGAUCGGGUCAUACACUCGGGCCGAAUUUUCAUACUACUACGACUACUACUCAGAAUAUCGCCAACCAAAACGGUGACCGUGACGACGAUGACGACGACGACGACGACGACGACAAACCCCUCAGUACACGAUAUAACGAACCGCCGAACUACUGUAGUUCGAAAAAGGACGUCUACAUGAGCCGUGCCUCUUGGCUGUCCAUCUCCAUCCUCGUCUUGUCCAUCUACUCCACCGCCCUCAGCUGCCUCUGGUUCCUCGUCGCCAUCAUCCAGCCGCGAUGGGGCCGCGCCAUCUCCACCAGCGGCGGCAUGGCCCCAUCGACCGCCUCCGUCCUUACCACGCUGUUCGCAAAGACCAUUGAAAUGUCUUUCGUCACCGUCUUCAUCUCUUUCCUCGGCCAGGUUCUGACCCGCCGUUCCUUCAUCAAGGGAGCAGGCGGCAUGACGCUGGCCGAAAUGACCAUGAGGAACUGGGUUCUUCAACCGGGGUCUCUCAUCACCCACUGGCAGACGCUUCCCUCUGCCGGUCUCACGUUCCUCGGAGCCGUCUCCUUGACCGCCACCCUCGCCGCCAUGUUUUACACCACCGCGUCCGAGGCCAUGGUCACGCCAAAGCUCAAGUAUGGCGGCUGGGAGAGGAAGCUGCUGGAAGGUCGCGUUCGCUCCUCGUAUGCCAAUCCCAACUUUGUCAACGAGGCCUGUCUCAGUCCACUGCGUCAGUUGGAUCCCAUGGGCGAACUGACGGCCGGCGGCUCCUGUCUUGACGUUCAAUUCUCGGGACAAUCAUACCGCAACUUCAUGUCCUUCUUGGCCGCAUGGCAGGAUAUCCAGAUGACAGGGGUCGGCCGGGAGGAACACAUCAAGCGGAGACCGGUCGGCACAGCGAUACUGCAUGACAACACCACCAUGACGUCGGCUUGGAUCGACGCCGAGCACGCGGACGUGGCUGGGCUCUUCGACAAGUACGGUCGCAUCAUCAAUAACGUCACCCUGGCCAUGCCGCACCCAGGCGUGUACGCUGCAGCCACCGAUCCGGUCAACGGAAUCCUCCAGCCGCAAGAGCUGUCAGAUGUGGGCGAGUAUACCAUCAAGGCCAGCGUCGUGUCGCCGGCGGUCAACGUCAUGUGCGUCAAUAUGGACGAGGACGAGCUCGCCCCUCUGGUCUACACCACAUGGGAGGACGCUGAGGUGGAAAGGACCGGUGUGGAUGACCAGAUAAUCGGCCACGAGAGGUGGAAUGAAGAGGUGCCGGUCAUUGCGGAGGAUGAGUGGCUGAACCGAACUGCGGUGGACGACAUUUUCCGAUGGGGUCCGAAAUAUCAGAGACGACCACCCGUCUUUCAGCUCUAUCCUGCCGAUUUCAACAUGUUGGUGAACACCUCUUACGUUGGGCCACAUGCCGAAUGGAACCAACCAAGUCGAGAUGCAAUCUACGUUCUCGCCAAGCCCGCCUCCAUGGCGAACUAUACCCUCUGCGAGAUGCGGUCCUGGGUAUCUCCUUAUUGUUCGACUCAUUUCAACAUCUCCGGCACAGCUGGUGCCCAUCUGCGUGCGCACUGCGAGGAUCCGGAUGACGUGGACAGUUAUGUCGGAGCCUUCCCGGACGUAACCUGGUCGAUUCCCAACGCCGACUGGGCAAACCUUGCCGACCAAUGGCGCCUCUCCAUGGACCUCAACGGCGGCACUUACAACGUCAAUGCGUCCAACGCCCGUAUCCUAUCACAGCUCGUGCUCUCCCAUCCCUCCCUCAACGCCGCGCUCCCUUCCAUCGCCGAAGCCCUGGCCGUGCUCUCGUCCUCCACCCUGAGCAUCGCCUCCCUCUCCACCCCCUUCGUCCACUACUGGGAGCACCCCUUCCCGAUCCUAGAAGCCCCGGGCGCGCUGCAACCCUUCAACGCGUCGAUCCGCACGCAGGAAUACACGUCCUCGCACACCUUCGCCUGGCACAACAUCUUCCACGUCGUCCUCUUUCUCGUCUUCGCCAUCAACAGCUUCUGCCUCGCCUACCUCCUGGCCCGCUCCGGCCUAGUCACCGACUUCACCGAGCCGCAGAACCUCUUCGCCCUCGCGGUCAACUCGCCGCCCAGCGGGGCCGUGAGCGGUUCGUGCGGCGCGGGACCUGAUUCCAGGGCUCUGGUCGCACCGUGGCGGGUCGGCUUUGCGCGGAGCGUGAAUCAUUACUUCUUCGAAGAGGCUGGGCCGAGGGCGGUGGCGUCGGGGAAGAGGGGCGGACGGGGUUGGGGCGGAAAGCCUGCAAAUACGAGUGGGUAUGACGAGGGCGGUGGGGAUGGAGGCGAAGCGGGAGGGAAAGGGACGGGCGGUAAGAGGAGCAGCUUUAAGACGUUGAGCUCGAGUCGCUCGUGGUUGUGAAUAGAUCUGUGGCUUGUUCGCUUCCUACUGUUCACCUUCCGGCUGAUCCGGAAAUCGGCGACUGCCUCAAGGGGUAUAGGGGACUCCGGGACCGGUUUAAAUUCGGGCCUGUGCCCCUAGCUUUCUCCUUCAAGUUCGGAUAUCACGGAAUACUGCUUUAUGCCUACUGGGCAGUCUUUGCGAAAAGCUUCAAAAGCAGCGGACUUCGAGAUUAUGCUUAGGUGAUACGCGUGUAGACUCCUACUGUGUCUCAACAACGUUCAGAGCUGCCAAGAGCUGUCAUGAUCGCCAAGUAUCCCGCCAAGUACGCCAAGCUCACGGUUCCGGGCGAUUGUUUUACGGAUAUUUCUUAUUUGCUAUUUUUAGGUAUCUUUUCCAUAUUUUUAUUUUAUUAGACUGCAAAGUAACGAGAG